CAUGGUUUUAUUUUUUGAUGUUACACUGAAAGUAUGCCUUUGGAGGAUUUUCUCCUAUUACACAGUCGUAAAUGGAAUAAACAUUUACGAAAAAGAUAAAUAGGAAAUUAAAUAAUAAGAAAUAGGUGGAUAAGGGGAAAAAAAUAAUCAAAAAAAAGAGUUAAUAAAAAAAAAGAAUUUUUGGAUCUUCCACCAUAAAUGGACUAAACUUUAUUUCAAGAGUAAUACAAGUAGUAAAGCGCAAUUUCUUUUCAAAAAGGAACUCCAUUUUUAUUUUAAACAUAAACACUCCAAUAAUUUGAUAAAAAGAUUUUAGAAAAUGAGGUAUUGUUAUAAGAAAGACAAAAAGGGAGAUAAAAGAACUUAUAGAAAAUUAACCAAAGGUUUUGCAAUUUACUUUCAUUAUUUGAGCAAAAUUAUCACUUAAUGCAAUAUGAAUUCCACUGCUGAUUUUAAAAAUGAUUCUCAUACUUAUCAAUUACAAUUGCGGAAGGUUUGGGCUUGUUUAGGUUAUACAGAGAGGAAGCAUUCAUUAGCAUUAAUUGCUCUAUUUUGAGAAGAAUGAAGUUGGAAAUAUCUCAAGUAAACUAUUAUUAGUUCUGUGUGGAAUUUAAAUAAGAUACUCCAAUUUGAUUAUUUUUUCAAUAAUUGGC